GAAAAUUGAACGAACUUCCCUAUCCAAUAUGGCGGACACAUUUCUGUCCGAUUGUUAUUGUCAGGAAUGUUCAGAAUAUUUCAAAGAGCAGUAAUAUGAUUGCACAUUAUGAAAUGGCAAUCAGCGAAUGGAGAAAAAUAUCUAAACAUGCAGGCAAACAUUAUGCCACUUAGAUCUAGAUCUAUAUUCAAAAUUGAAAGCUUCUUAUUUAUUAUUGAUAUAUGCAGCGUCACAUAAACACAUUUUUGAGGCGGCCAAGCUUUUCUAGUUAUGGAUUUUCGGGAUGUCAUCGAACUUAAUCGCUCUAAAUUGGAGAUCAUUGUUGAUGCUGAAAAACUUUACCCCCAUCUCCAACAGGAUAAUGUCCUUAGUGACAAAGAGAUCUCACUGGUUGAGUCUGUGACUAACAAACCAGCCAAAGUUGGUAAACUCCUAGACAUCAUCUUGUCUAAGGACAGCGCUGCUCUGCAGAGUUUGUACCUUGUCUUACAGAAUGUGUACCAACAACAGCUUUCCUCCAUAUUUUCAGAACCACCAUUUUCUACUAGUCGUGGCAGUCAACAAGCUGAGUCUUGUUCAACAUCCAUAACCUCAGAUUCUGAAGAUGACAUCAGUCGAGGGCAGCUUGGUACUGGCGCUAAACAAGAGUUUCACUCAAAAAAGACAAAAAUCAUCCCAUCACAUCAAUAUGAUCCGAACAGUACAAUGAGCAGCAGUUACCCUACCUCACGUGAACAUUUGUGGGUAAGUGUUGGUCCCACAUCUCCUAGUCUUGCCUCUCUCACUGAUGCCCUCCCUAAACAUGGCUACCCAGACAAAGCUUAUGAAUGGUUCUUUAAUCAGUUUGAAAGAGCUUUUACUGAGUUGCAGUUCCUGAAACACCAAAAUGCUGAGAUGAUGGGAAUGAGAGACCGCUAUGAACUGGUAACUACAGAAGCCAAACAGUUAAGGGGAAUGUAUCAAGCAGAAUCUCAAUGCCUGAACAAAGCUACAGCAGAAAUUCAUGCACUAAAAACCCAGCAGGCUGAAAUGUUGAGUGAGAAAAACCAACUGCUUGAGGAACUAGCUGGACUUAGACAACAGAGAGCUGAAGAUAAACAUGAACUGUCAGAGUUGAGGCACCAACAAAGAAAGACUGCCAAUGAGUGUAAUUCCAAUGACAACAUGGGGGAGAUGUACACUUCACUGCUGGACAAAUAUGAGAGCAUGCACAAGGAUUAUGAUGUGCUGCGAGACAAGUAUGCUGAGCUAAUGUCAUCACACAGCGCUGCCCUGAGUAGAUUAGACAGUGUGUCUGAACAGAAUGCCAAGUUUCAUGCUCAGCUGGAAGAAUUACAAAGUAAAUAUGAAGCUUUAUCCUUGGAGAGGAAUGGUCUGAAACAGCAAUGCACUAACGCAAUCAGAGAAUGGAACCAGACACUAAUUAACUAUGGUCAAGUCAAAGAAAAGUUGUCUCUGGUUAUCCAACAACGAGAUGAUUACUGUAAAGAUUUUAAUCAGACCUUUGCCAAGCAUGCCGAAAUGAAGAAAAAUUAUGAGGCAUUAAGGACUGAGAAGGAUGCUGCAGUGAAAGAGUAUGCCUUGGUUAUGUCUGAGAGGGACACAGUACACAAGGAGAUAGAACAGCUGCAGGACAAAUUGAAUGCAGUCACAAAGCAUGCAGAGAUUCUUGCCAGUGAUAAGAAAGCAAUGGAGGUAGAAUUAGAAUGUCUUAGAAGGGAUAUGGCCAAUGUGUUAUCUGAACGAGACAAAUACAGGAGAGAUAUUAGUGGAAUCAAUCAGGGAUUAAAACAAGAAAGACUGGAGUUUCAAAAACAAAGAGACAUUGCUCGCAAAGAAGCAUUUGAACAAAUUGAACAAAUGGAGCACAUCUUUAAAGACACAUAUGAGAAGGAAAGAGCAGAAGAAAUGGACAGUAUCAUCAAGGAGUCAGAAAAUUUGAAAAAACAGCUGGAAAAGUUAAAAAUAGAUCUGGACGGUGCUGAACAAGAAGCAGAAAAUGCCAAUAAGAAUCGUGAUAAAGCCUUCAGUGAGCGAGACAAAAUUGUCCAGGAGAGGGAAAGUAUUCGUACACUGUGUGAUAAUUUGAGGAGAGAUCGAGAUCGUGCUGUUAGUGACCUGGCUCAAGCUUUGCGGGAUUCAGAUGAAUUUAAAAGACAGAAAAAUGAUGCUGUGAAAGAAUUAAAAGAAAUUAAGAGCAGAUAUGAAGCCAUUGUAGAGAAAGACUCAAGACGUCAGCAGUUACAUUAUAUAGGACAUAACCAUAGUAGAGACUCGGCCAUUGAUGCUGAUUUGCAGGAUCUUGGAACAGAAACUGUAGAGAUUCCCAUUGAACUGGAUUGUUCUGAUGCUGGUGAAGUUGGCUUUGAAAUCAUAGGUGGCAAAGAUGACCCCCAGUUUCACAAUGAUCCCUCUCUGAUGGUGAGCCAUGUAACAAAGGGUGGUCUGGCGGAAGGUAAACUUCGUGUCAAUGACACCAUCCUGAGAAUAAACAGUUUGGAGACCAUCAACAUUGACAAAAGGUCUGCCCUGCAAGCAAUCUGGAAGAGUUCGGGUUCAAUCAGUUUGGUGGUUAGGAGACGUAAAUCAACCCAUGCCAGAAUUUGGCAACCUGUACAGAUAGUGUUAGCUUGUCAGAAAGACCCAGGUGUUCAGAUUGAGCAAGGGCUUUUUAUAAGUCGCAUUUGUCCUGGGGGUCUUGUGGCCAAAUAUGGAAUGUUACCUUGUAUUGGAGACAGGAUUAUUAGUAUCAAUAACACUCCAGCUGAUGGUUUGUCAGCCAUUGAGGCUAUGAGAAUUUUAGAAACAUCCACAGAUUCUUUGAUUCUUGAUGUUAUGAGGCAGAAGUCUCCUCUAAGUUCUGCAGGGUCUUCACCCACCCCAACAUUCAUCGGUAUCAAUUCUCCGCUAUCAGAGAACAUAGCAGGCUCCAAUAGUAUAAGUAAGUCAGAUACAUUAGCUGUGCGGAGUAGUUCCUGGGAAACUCCAAGUGAUACUAGCAGGAGUGUUGAAGGCAGUAAGAUUGUACGGAGUAGUGGCUCACAGACAGACAGCUUAGACAGCCCAGGUCCGAGUCCUCGUAAGGCUAUGCGAAGCCAAGAACAUGAUAAAGUCAGACAUAGUUUGCCAAUGCUGGACCGGGCUAAGGAAAAAGUGGAGAAUUUUUUCAAAUCUCGUCACAAGAGUCAUGAGAAAGAACUUGGGGAGAAGAAAGAUAAAGAUGAUGAAGAUUCUCAUGUGGUGCAUGAUCAUGGGAAAUCCUUGCAUAAACUGGCAGAGGACAGUAGCGCACGGAUACAUUUACAUAGCUCUGAAAAUGUGAUAGCUGAAUUUCCGAACAAUAGCGCAUCCUCCAAGGUCAGCAAUCACACUGCCGCAACUAGUGAAAACCGGCCGUCUCGUCCAUCACGUAAAAGUGAACUAGACUUUGAUAAUAAUAGUGGGACUUGGCCAAAAACAAGAGGUCAGCAGAUUCAAAAUUCAUCAGGGCCACCCACUGUUAUAUUUGCUCCAGGCCAUCGGCCUGUGAAAGAGAGACCUAGUAUUAAGGAAGUGUUUUACAUAAAUCCUGACAGCCCUUCUUACAAUGCCUCAUCUAAUCCCAAUGCACCAAGUUUGGAUACUGUGAAGCCCUCAAACAAUGGGUUUCCCAGCUAUGGGGCACAGGCUCCCUCUGCCUUCUCCUCCCCCACUAGCUCUUCUGUUGUCUCAGCCCCCCCAUAUCAUAUGCACAAUGUACAGUCCAGUCCUACUCCCUUUACCAUUCCAGUCUGGACAAAACCUACGUCUCAUUUCUCAGUGGGGAUUGCUCAUGGUCCCAGCAUCUCAGCCCAGUCCAGUAUUGUUACUAGUCGAGGACCUUCUGUGUUGGACAGGCCAGUGGUCAUGCCCACUUAUGGAACAGCUCCAUUGCCUAAAGCUGGUGAUGGCAACAGGAACACUAUGGUGUACACACAUCCAGGAAACAUUCAAACUGUUGGUCCUGGACUAUCUCAAGAUAUGAGAUUUGAAACAAACAGAGUACAUGGGCAUCCAAAAAGUCAACAUGUCAAAUCCCGUCGACCAAUGUCCACUAUUGCAACCACUCCCUAUAAAUCAGAAAAGCAUUGGCAGACAUCAGUCCCCAUGAACUGGCCCCCAAAUGGAAUCACUCCUGACUCAUUGCCAGGACAUGUAGCAAGACCUGCUGGAACCAGCCAUUGCUUGAACAGCUCCAACACUACUAGUACAGCUGCAGUGGGAACACCCCCAUCUUAUUACACUGUCAACUCUCCUGGUCCACAAUCACACUUGUUAUCUAGCCCACCAGCCUAUGGAAAUAGGCCUAUGUCAUUAGAAGUCCCUCAUUCGUUAAAAGUGUCUGACUUUGCCACUGAACUGUAUGAACGUAAGAGGAUGAAUUCACCAGUGGGCUAUUAUCACUAUCAGCCUGUCUCAGCAAUUUCACCACAAGUGUCAACCACACAGCACACAGCCCUGUCAUCUCCAAAUGGAACAUUCCCAGUCAUUGGUACAUCUGAUUUAGAACAUGAGAGACCAUUGUCUUUCCACGGAGGAGCCACUGAACGCUAUAACUCUCCAAGUCCAUCUCAAAAAAGUUUCCAUACUUUAGAUCGUUUUACACCAACACUAAAUGAAGAGUUUUAUCCUCCACGCUACUCUCGCAAUUCACCACAUGGUCGAAACAUUCUUGAUGAUGACAUCCGCCCAGUAGCUUUCAAUAAACGAGAUUUAUUUGAUAGAUUCCGCAUUCCAUCAAGCACAAGUGUAAAAUCUGGAUCUGCUGAAAUAGUGUCCAAUAGGAGCAGUCCAAGUUCUCCUAUGUUUCCUGUGAAUGAGAGAGGAUCAAUGAAAUAUAAUGGAUCUGUCACUAGUGAAGAGUACAUUUACAGAAGGAAAAUGCCCAACCACCAUGAAACAAGGGACAUAACCUUUGAGAAAAGCUCUAAACCAGUUGGAUUUAAAAUUCAAGGAGGUCCUCAUGGGGGCAUCUUUGUGUCAUCUGUAAAUGAGAACAGUUUGGCAGCCCAAGCUGGUCUUGUAAUUGGGGAUCAAUUGCUUGAGGUGUGUGGUAUCAACAUGAGAAAUGCCAAUUAUGAGCAUGCUGUGACUGUCUUGAGACAGUGUGGUGACAAUUUGACUAUUAAAGUUCAGUACAAUCCUGAAAAAUACACUGAGCACCAAGAUGUGUCCAGCAGUGUCACGUCCAUCAAUUCUUCCUCUUUGACCACCUCACCUAGUCAUUCCAGCCAGCCAGCCAAUGAGAAAUCCAGCAGUAAACCUCAGCAGAGCCCAACUAAAACUAGAGUUGCAGGUUCUGGGGAUGUCACUGUGGACAUAAGGCGUUCAUUCCUCCUUAAAAAAAGCAACCCUAAUAGGAUUGGACCUGGUUUCUCAUUCAUUGGAGGAAAUGCUGUUGGAAUAUUUAUUGAUGAAGUUUUUGAAGAUUAUUUCGUUGGUGGAUCUAAUUCGUUACAAAGAGGGGAUCAGCUUCUAGAGUACAACUCUAUAGACUUCAGAGCUAUUACAGCAGAGAAAGCUAUGAUGGAACUCAAUCUCCCAUGUCCAACCAUGCAGCUUUGUGUUUUCUACAACUUUGCUAAGUACAACAAAAUUAAGAACAUACCAUGUGAUAGCUUCUACAUCCGAGCUAACUUUGACCGACCAAGUGAGACAGAGGAAAACCUAUCAUUUCACAAGGAUGAUAUCUUGUAUGUUGAAAACAGUCUCUACAAGAAUCAGUUGGGCAGUUGGUAUGCAUGGCUUGUCAAUGAUCAUGGGACUAAAAUUAAAGCUGGUGUUAUCCCCAGUCGAAUCAGACUUGAAGAUGAAAUGGUGCUUAGGAGAAGUCACUCUGAGAGCUGGAGUCUUCAUGAGUCCGAUGAACUCAAGGGAUCAAGGAGAAAUUCAAUGUCUGCUAGACGAAGUUUCUUCAGGAGGAAACGCCAUCUGCGCAAUAAUUCUAAAGAUAGCCAUGAUUUUGUUUCCUUCUCAGAUGCAUCAUUAAACAGUGAUUCAGUGCCAAUAUUGGAUGAUUCUAUUCUUGGAUACACUCAAGUGGAGAAAAUUGAAUUUAAAACAGUUCGCCCAGUCUUACUGUUGGCUCCAUUGGCUGAAGCCCUCAUUAGAAAGUUGGAGUCUGAAUCUCCUGACCUUUACAAAUACUGCCAACCAAUAGCCCUGAACUACUCACCAGCUACUUUAGAGAAAUCUUUAUCUGAAGGUGUUCUGGUUGAUUAUUGGAAGGAAGAUGACACUUUCAAAUGUGUUAAAGCUUCAGCUAUCAAAGACAUCUGUGAUCAUAAUCUUCAUUGUCUUCUGAAUGUCAAGCCAGGUGCUAUAGAAAGACUUCAUCAAAGUAAAAUUUAUCCAAUCAUUAUUUUUGUUCACCAUAAAAGUGCCAAACAGAUCAGAGAUGUCAGGGAUCCUCAGUUUUUAAAAGAGAGACCAAACAAUAAAUGGGCCAAAGAACAGUUUGAAUAUUUCCAGAAAAUAGAACAGGAGUUCCAACAUCUUUUUACAGCUGUCAUCCAUGGAGGUAAUCUAGCAGAAAUGUGUAUGCAGAUCAAGACAGUCAUUGCAACUGAGCAGAAGAAGGCUAUUUGGGUGACGGCAAAUACCAUCUAGACUGAACUAUUAAUAGCACUGCCAUUUUCAAGGCAACAAGGAAACAUUUUAUUUAUUGAUACACCUGCAAUUCUCAUUCAGUAUAAAAGUAGAUAAUUUUGUGUGCUAAACAAAUAUCUUUGUUCAUACAAUUGAUGUACUGCUUGCAUUGUUUUCUGUGCAUUGGCAAAUGUGUUGCCUUUCAAAAUCAGAGCUUAUAAAUUUAUAUGCGCCUCUAUGUACAUGCAGUGUGGUGUGUACAAAGAACAGGAAAUGUUUUUACUUGUAGAUGCUAGUCAUUUAUUUUUCAUCCAGUUUUUGUUGUUGUUGUUGUCGUUGCCAGAAAGAUGGCAGUUCACAUUCAGCUCAGCCAUCAUCUGUACUGUACAUUUAGAUUUUCAAUAUGAAGUUCAGCUUAAUUUUUUUUUUUUUUCAAUUUCUUUCAUUUUGGUAUUGGUACGGUCUGUUACUUAACACUGACGAUCUCAUGAGUAAAACACUUCAGUUAUUUCACACAUUUUUCCUUUUUCUUUUUUUUACUUUAAAUCAGAUUGUAAGUGAAUUUUAUUGGUUUAUGUAUGAUAUUUUGUGUAUAUACUUGUGUAUUGCUUUCAAAAGUCUUACAGAUAAAUUGCAAUAGUUCAAAAUGUUAGUGAUUUUACUUUUCAAAUGAAAUGAGGUUAGUGAUGAGAACUAUAAGACUUUGUUACAUUUUUACUAAUGUAUUUUUCUUUCAUUACAGAUAUUUUGAGAUACGAUUGUAUGUCUAAAACAAUCAGCACUGCUCUGAUUACCUUAGUGACUCCAGGUUGUGCAUGUAAAUACCUAAAACUAGGGAGAAGUUUUUAGCUGGUCUAAAAACAUGCUGUCUGUUGUGCUAAAGAUCAUUUUUUCUUUUGUUUUCAAAUCAACACUUUUUUUAUUUCUUUAUUCAAAAUAGAAAGUUUUUUUUUAAAUAUUUUUUUUAGUUACUAGGUAGACUUAAGUAGUGCUUUUUUUUUUUUGUAUUAAAUGGGACAGAUCAUUUUGUUUUAUUUUGUUCAUUCUAUUAUAUGGUGAUUUGUGAUAGAAAUUCACAAGAAUUUUUUCUGUUCAACUUUCUUAGCCAAUAGAGCUGCAUACUAUUAUUAAAAGAAACUGUAGAGAUAACAGGCAAUUGUAUUCUUCUUUCAAAAACACUGGACAGCAAAUAGUAGAUGAGACUCAGCAGUUCACCACUGCUCUGUACAGUUAGUGUAUAAAGUGUAGUUGUGAUUGCACUGAUACUCUCCAGUUGAAGGUCAGAGUUGGUUUUCACAAUAUCAACAUUUUUAAAAUGUUUUAUUAAAGAAUUUGUACAAAUA